GGGCUCCCGCCGCGGCCCCGGCCUAUAAAGGCGGGAGGCCCGCGAAGGCAGGAGCGGCCCGUGCCCAGGCGGCCAGUCCUCGCGCGUCCCGGCCAUGGCCCCCCCGGGCCUCCUGCUGGGCCUGGCCCUGCUGGCCGGCCUCCCGCCCGUCCUGCCCGCCUGCCCCCCGGCCUGCCACUGCCACGGCGGGGACCUGCAGCACGUCAUCUGCGACGGCGCGGGCCUGCGCCGCCUGCCCAAGGUGUCGGAGAAGACGCGGCUGCUGAACGCGCAGCGCAACCAUUUCCCGGUGCUGCCGGCCGGGGGGCUCCGGGAGGCCAAGGGCCUCGUGUCCCUGCACCUGCAACACUGCGGCGUGCGGGAGGUGGCGGCCGGCGCCUUCCGGGGCCUCAGGGCCCUCGUCUACCUGUACCUGUCGCACAACGCCAUCGGCGUGCUGCGCGCCGGGGCCUUCGACGACCUGAGCGAGCUCACCUACCUCUACCUGGACCACAACCGGGUGAGCGAGCUGCCGCGGGGGCUGCUGGCGCCCCUGGGCAACCUGUUCGUCCUGCAGCUGGGCGCCAACGAGCUGCGGGACCUCCGGGCCGGGGCCUUCCACGGCGCCAAGGACCUGCGCUGGCUCUACCUGAGCGACAACGCCCUGGGGACCGUCCGGCCCGCCGCCCUGGCCGACGUGGAGAACCUGGCCAUCCUGCACCUGGACGGGAACCGGCUGGUCUCCUACCCGGCCGCCGCGCUGGCCCGGCUGCGCGUGGUGGAGGAGCUGAAGCUGUCGCGCAACCCGCUGCGGGUCAUCCCGGACCGAGCCUUCCACACCUUCGGCCGCUACCUGGAGACCCUCUCGCUGGACCGCACGAACCUGGACAAGAUUUCGGACGGCGCCUUCCUGGGGGUGACCGCGCUGAAACACGCGCAUCUGGACCACAACCGGUUGAGCGAGCUCCCGGCCAGCUUCCCCUUCGACCACCUGGAGACGCUGACCCUCCACGACAACCCCUGGAAAUGCACCUGCCGGCUGCGGGGGCUCCGAAAGUGGCUGGAGGCCAAGGCUUCGCGCCCCGGAGCCACCUGCGCCUCUCCGGCCAAGGUGCGAGGCCAGAACAUCCGCGACACCGCGGCCCUGCGCGGCUGCAGGUCCCCUUCCAAGCGGUCCAGGAAGGCCGGCGGUCGCCAUUAAACAGGCCCGGCUCUACCCGGUCCAGGUGACCGGCCCUCGCCUCCGCCGGAGACACUACUGAUCCGCCCCCGGCCGCCCCCCGAGCCUCCGGCGCCCCCACGCGCACGCAGCUGUUUCCCGCCAGGAGCCCCCGCCCCGGGCAGCUCCUCGGAGCGCCCCACGCACGAGGGGGAUGCCCGCGCAUCUCCGCCGGCAGUCCCCGG